UUUAAGACUCAGGCUGCGCUUUUAGUGUGUGUCUGACAGUAGCAGCGAACUCCAGCGUGUCUACCUGCAUUCAGCAAGAAACCCCGAUGUUGGAUUUUUGCUGCUUAUCUGAUCAGGUGAGGCGCUUACUGGGACGCGCGUCUACCUGCGUGCGCUGAAUUUUAUCCGCAGUCUUUUGGAUAUCUGUGCCACUCUUUGAAAAAGGAAAGAAAAAGAAAAGAAAGCGCACACCUCCCAGUCCUGUUUCGGGGUGCUUUCGCUUUUGAAGUAAGGGGAAACUUUCCAGGAUCGAGCUCUGACAACUUUUCUCUAAAUUGCGGGGAGUUGUUGUGGACAGAAGCGGAUCGAUUUUUGAUUUUUUUAUUUUUCUGGAGGAAAGAUGUUCCGCAAACGCUCCGUUAUAUUGCUGAAUCUCAUCGUUCUGGCGCGUGCGCUCCUGGCUCACGAAUGCACGCCCUGUAACCUCCGGACUUGUCCAGUCAAAGUGGCCAACGGCUGCGAGGGUGGCCGGAGCGUGGCCAGGGAUCCAUGCGGUUGCUGCGACCACUGCGCGCGGCUGGAGUGGGAACCCUGCGGCGGUCAGGACUGGGCGCACGGCUACUGCGCCCUGGGGCUGACCUGUGCCUCUGUUAACAGCACCGGAGCCGCCAACAUACCUGAAAUCGGAGUGUGUAAACUUCUUCCCGACCAUCCAGAUGCAGGCCUAGAGGAUGAGCGCUGUCCUCUAAUUACUGGCUGCGACAAAGCAGGAGCUGAAUGCGUGUGCGAUGCUCGUUUCUCCUGCUUGGGAACUUUUACCUAUCCGGACAAAGAGACCUGUAUGAAGGCCAGCAAGUCAGAGGGUCGAAGGCACGAGCACAGAGAGAGACACAAAGAGAAGUAUGUGGGACCAUCUAAUCCAAUGUGCAUGUUCUCUGGGUGCAACCUGACCGCUGACGGCUGCACAUGCGAGUCUCAGAGCUGCCACCACCACUUCGCCUACAUCAAUCGCAGCCAGUGCCAGCAAGCAGCAGAGGAGCUGAGGUGUGCCGGCGCGACAUGUCCUCCUCCGCAGCUGCCCUCUUGCCCCAAAGGGUCGAUCCUGACCAAGAGCUACACGCCCCCAGACGGUUGUUGCCCCUCCAUACCACCCCAGUGCACGUGCGACUUCCGCGCCUGCAACAAAACCCAUUGCCCGAGCGGCCAGCACGCUGUUCUGAUCAGUCAGGCCAGCGGUCAACCAGGAGACUGCUGUGAUGUCUUCGAGUGCCAGAGAGUCUCCCCAAAAUGCGUCUUCAAUGGGAAAGAGUUCUCCAAGGGAGAGGUGUACCGCAUGGACCCUUGCAAGUUGUGUCGGUGCCGUGGUGGAGUCUCCGUCUGCUCUAAGGUCGAGUGUGCUGAGCUGCACUGCGAAAAGUUCUACAUCCCAGAGGGCGAGUGCUGCCCCGUCUGCAUAGAUGUUGAGUUGCUGCCUAUGGACAGCACUAAGGCCAGCUGCUGGGUGAAUAACAAGUUGCGAACCCACGAGGAGAAGUGGAAAGAGGACGACUGCACGUUCUGCCAGUGUGUGGAUGGCGAGCCACACUGUACAGCCAUGGCCUGCAAACAGAGCUGCCAAAACCCCGUGAAGAUCCCCGGAGAGUGCUGUCCCUUCUGCGAAGAGCCAUCUUAUGAAACAGUUAGCCCCUUGCUGUGUCCACCAUUGGAAAACUGCUCCCUUUCAGGGAUUGAAUGCCCCUAUGGCUUUGAACAAGACCAGAAUGGCUGCCUCCUCUGCCAAUGCCUCAACAAUGACUCCUGCCCCAACUUGGAGGAAUACUGUUCUCUGGCAUGUCCGAUGGGAUAUGAGAGGGAUGAUUUGGGCUGCGAGGUGUGUGAGUGCAGCAACCCCACUCCCAAGUGUCGACCCCUGACCUGCACAAAGACCUGCCCUUAUGGAUAUGUGAGGAACAAGCACGGCUGUGAAAUGUGUCGCUGUGUCAAAUGUCCUCCCUUCACCUGUGACAAGCACUGCAGCAACGGCUAUCGGCAGAACAGGAAGGGCUGCAACGUCUGCAUGUGUGAAGAAAAUGACCAUGUCCCAAGCAUGACUGUCCCAGCCCCUACGCCCAGUUUCUGCCUAACCUCCAACGGACGGCGGUACGAGGAGGGUGACAGCUGGCAUGACGGCUGCCGUGACUGCUACUGCCACUCUGGACGGGAGAUGUGCGUGCUCAUAUCGUGCCCCAUGCCCAGCUGCUCUCAUCCUGUUGUGAAGUCCGACCAGUGUUGUCCUACGUGUGAAGAUGAGUCCGGCAGCGGCCAGCCUGAGGGGAUGGACAUGGUGGUGUGCAGAGCACCUGGAGGGGAGUUUUAUGUUGAGGGGGAAACCUGGAACUUGGAUGAAUGCACGCGCUGCACCUGCAGGAAGGGACGCGUCCUGUGCGACACUGAAGUGUGUCCCCCGGCUCUCUGUCAGACACCCAGCAGAAACAAGGACACCUGUUGCCAUGUGUGCCCAGCCACAGGAGAGACAGACAAGCCGCCGGUGAACAGCAGCCAGCAGGAGUUCUGCGUAACCGUCGAAGGAGACAAGCUGCAGGCCGGCGACUCCUGGAAGGCCAACGCCUGCACGAGCUGCACGUGCAACAACGGCACCAUUCAGUGUUUCUCUCAACGCUGUCCAGCGGCCAGCUGCAGGGUACCAGUCUUACGCAAGGGCCAGUGCUGCCCACAUUGUCUCGAAUCCACAACAUCAGCACCAGUGAUCGUGUCCACCAGCAAACCAAAGGCUGUGGUCACCACCACGGGGCAGAGUGCAUCUUGGAUUACAACUGUGACCGUCCCGCUAGUCAUCGCUGACACAGACCAGCCACGUUUGAGUGACAACUACCCGAGCCACACGGAGAUGGCCCUUGUUUACCAGUCAGCAGCAUGGAUCCUUGCAGGACUCCUCUUGGCCAUCAUCAUCUUUCUCAUUGUGGCGUUGCUCAUCAACAAGAAAAAGAAGUGGGUGCAGAUGUCCUGCUACAGCGCACCAAAGAAGACCGUGAUCCUCAAGAAGCACGUGAACAAGAAUUCGGUCAUCUACAUGGAGCCCUCCAAGGAGAACAAGUUUCAGAGCAAGAAGAGCAACUGCGGCAUCAUCCACUUUUCUCCCGAGAUGAGCUCGCCUCCCUGCACGGAGAAGAUGACCAUCCCCAGGGCCAAGCUGGGCAGUGACUGGACGCCACGCUAAAAAAAGGGAAUUUAUAACAGCAACUAAGACAAAAAAGAAAUUCCCGUACUGCUCAGUUUUUCCCACUUUUCCUAUUCCGUGACAGAUAAACUAUGGCUACUCAGCAUGAAGCACAUUACCGCUGCUGUUUUUUUUUUGUUUUGUUUUGUUUUUUUGUCAUUCGCCCAUCAUCUUCCUUGUUUGGACGUUCGGGUUGAGCGACAAAACUUAGAGGUGGAUGGAGAAGUGGACACAUUGAAGAUGCAGCCAGUCUGGGUUGUAAGAAGCGUCCAGAGAUACUCAUCUACCAGAAUCAAACUAUGUUACCGUUGCAUACUUGCUUCUUACCGUUUCAUUUUGAAACUGGAAAUUUGCAGACGAAGGAGGAAGAAAAAGCUUUAGGACGGGGGUGUGGACUGUGGCAUAAAAGAAGAACCUUGAGAUUGCUAACCCCCCACAAAGUGCACCGGCGCAUUGUGGAUGCAGCCAUCGUUAGCAGGCCAGAUUUAAACCCCUGCAUUAGAAUGUGUGGUUUUCAUUUUAGUUAUUAUAUAUUUUUUACAGGAUUUGUAUCAUGUGUUGUCUUGCGUCUGUUUUGUUUCUCUCUUUAGAGCCAUGUCAAAGUUUUUUUUUUCUUCUUUUUUUGUGGCAGUCACAACAUUCCCACGCACUGCACAAAUUUGCUUUGUCUACCUUCAAAUGAACCGAGUCAUUCCUUUUACAGAGAAAAACCUCAGCUGCAGCGCAUUGCUCAAGUAUUUAUAUUUCCAUUGAACAUUUUCACAUUUUGUCAUUGUUGAACCCCAAAAAUAUGUGUUUUAAGAUUUUUACGUGAUUGACCGACACAACGCAGAGCAUAAAUGUGAAUUUAAAGGAUACAUGGCAUUCAAAAAAAAAUUUUAACAAAUAAAAAUCUGAAAGGUUUGAGGUGUAUUUCGUUUAAACCUUGAGUCAAUACUUUGUAGAAAUACGUCUCAUUAUACUUAUAGCUGCGAGUCUUUUGCUCUCUACCAGCUUUCCAUAACUGGGGGCUAAAAUCUGUGUCAUUUUCAAGUCCUGCCACAGACUCUUAAUUGGAUUCUCUGAAGAGAAGCAUCCAGAGCCUGAUGCUGCCAUCAACCAUGCUUCACCAUGGGGAUGGUCACACAGAAUGUCUCCAGGCCAAAAUUUUAAUUUUGUCCUCAUCUGACCAGAACACAUUUUGCCACAUUUGCUGUGUCCUGUCACAUAACUAGUGGCAAACUGGGGACUUUCUUUAACCAAUGAUUAAAAGCCUGCCCUUCUUCCAUAAAGACCAUAAAUGUGAAACCCACAACAAACAGCUGCCCUGUCAACAAAUUGUUUCAUAGGACCUUUGGAUCUCUGCACCACCUCAAGUCCUACCCUUACACCAGAUUUUACUUGCCUCAGAGUAACCAAUAUACAUACACGCCACACCUUUCAGACGUUUAUUCACAAAAAAAUUAGAAAAUGUUUCCUUUUUUUUCUUCUUUUUGUCGGUCUAACACGUAAAAUCCAGAAGAAACAUCCAAAUGUAUUGCUGUUGCAUGACAAAAUGAGAAAAAGUUAAAGGGCGGAGGUGAAUUCAGUCUAGAAGGUACCUGUCAGUCAUUUUCCCUCGGCCAGACCUCUGUAACUCCUUUGAAAGCUAUUAGAGCUGAAACAGACCGAUGUUCCUUCAAGUCGUGUCUUGUUAUGACCAGCCAAGGGAAAAAAUAUGGAUCUGCGAGGAAUGUCUUUGAUACCAUGCUACACAUCCUUCCCUUAGUCGCUGCGGAGCUUUCAGCUGCCAGCGAUUGCUCGGGAUCUUUAUUUGGAAUGCCUUAAUUCUACAGCCUUAAUGCUUUUUCUUCACACAUUAUUGUGGUUGUAACAUCCAGCCAAUGUCGAGAAAAAAACGGCAAACACAUGGAUAAAGAGCGCUGGAUUAUCCACUGUUUAUAGUCUGGGGAAUAAUGUGAAGGGUUGUCAUUAUGGCGGAGUAGCGUGUGCAGAUAUUGAUACAUAAGAUUUCACAGUGCUUUAGAGAGGCAUGACUUUUAUUCAGAGCCAGUAAGGGAAACAGACAUCACUGUGCAGAAUUCCUGCAGGACUAAAAGUCCUGAUCAGGGAUUAUUUAGUUACACAGAGAUGUUGAACCACUAGAGGUGGAGGUUUUGGACCAGUGUGGUCCGUACAAACGAGGACAGAUUCCGAGAAGCAUUGCAAAACAAACUCCCAGCCUAGUUUCUGGAUCUGAGCGGUUUGUCCUUUGCCAAUAUCCCAAUUCAGAAACAGUUCCGAUGCCAAAAUAGGUCAGAAACCAAUUUUUUACUGAAGUGUUUGCAGUACGUGUGUCUGUUUGAAUCAUGAGCUUUAAGACAAAAAAAAAAGGCAGACAGUAAAAGCUUACACAAUUCUCUGUUCUUCUAUGUGUAAAAACUUAGUUUAUAUUAGUAGACAAGAAGAGAAUCUUAUUUAUUUUUUCACAUAGCUUUAUUUAUUAAUACUAAAGUGUAGAUUGAGAUUUUUUUUUGUUUAUUGAAAAUAGCUUUAAGUAGCCAAAUCUGAUGUACAUGGUAGACCGUUUACCAUUUCUAUCUGUUAUAUUCUUUAGCCUAUUUAUUUCAGUGUUGCAAAUCUUGUGAAUAUGUUUCUAGAUUAGAAACUGUAACAUUUAUGCUUCUUUUACAAAAAUAAAUGUGUGAACCGGA